AUGUCGCUUGUGAAUCUCGCCAACGUCGGAGCGCAUCUGCAGAACUGCUCCAUGGCCAGAUUGCCGCUGGCAAAAAUACCAUACACAAAGUUGCACCUGAAAGUGGCGCUAGGGCUUUACAAGGAAGGUUUUAUCGACUCCGUUACUAGAGGCUCCACUGCCGGUCCAGACCUCAAACCGGUGGAGGUUACCUACGACAAUAUUGCUACACGGAGACUUUGGCUGGGCCUUAAGUACCGUAACGGUCAGCCCGUGCUGAGCAAAUUCACCUUGAUCUCCAAACCUAAUAGAAGGGUGUUUGUGUCUGUGCCAGAAUUGGAGCAACUGGCCUCAGGAAAGAAUUUGAGAUACAUUCCACAGCUAAAACCAGGCGAGAUUGUAUUUGUGAAGACAAAAGACAAAGAGGUGAUGACCAUGAUCGAGGCUUUGAAAAGAAACCUCGAGUGCGAAUUAUUGUGCAGAGUUCGUUAA